UACACAAUUAAUACAUACGAGAAAGAAGCGAAGAGUUUUAGCGACAUGGCCACGUCACCAGUAGCCGUGUUGAUCGUUAGGAUUCUAACGUUGGUUUUCCUGUUGGCAUCGCUCAUCCUAAUCACUACCAACACCGUUACUCUACCUGAUUUUGGUGGUGUAAAGAUCAAGCUUAAGUUUCAUAAUUUCACUGCCUAUAGGUACCUAGCUGCCACACUGAUUCUGGGAUUAGCAUAUACUCUUCUUCAAACUGCAUUUGCCAUCUCCCAAGCCUGCACUGGAAAACGCAUUGGGGGAGAGCGUUUCUCCGAGUUUGUCUUUUUUGGUGACAAGGUUGUUUCGUACCUUCUGGCCACAGGAGCGGCUGUAAGCCUUGCCAUUACCCAAGAACUUAAGAAACAGAACAACAUGAUGAAUAAACAUAAGGAAACGGUUAUGAACAACACAUAUGUCGAGGACGACAUGGAUAAAUUUGCCAACAAGGCAAGUGUGGCGGCUAGACUUUGCUUAAUAGGUUUCUUGUUUGCUGCCACCUCGUCCGUCUUCUCAUCGUAUGCUCUUCCUAAGAGAGCCUGAUAUAUUGAUGAGUAGAUUAUAUUGUUCUCUGCAUGCAUGGAUUAAAUUGGAUAAUGGUGUCGGAUUAUUUCAAGUUUUCUCAUCUUCCGGCAUUAAUUUCUGCCCAAAAUUUCCCCUAUUUACAAUGUUUUCGUUCAGAUUAUCGUUCGUGUGUACUAUUUUUAAUUACAAGUGGUUUAGGUGCAUGUUGUUCACGACUUAUUUAAUGUUAGUUGGAUAUUUGAAAUUAGAAUAAAGAACUUUAUGUAACCAAAAUGUUGGGUUGGCACUAAAAUAAUUGGUGUUACUAAUGUUAUUGUACAUGAAACAUAGCAUUAUGUAUGAUUUAUGAUUAACUCAAUUAUGUUUC